GUCAACUAGAAACAAUUCGGAAUCCCUUUAUCAAGAACGGCCGCAGUUCAGCUGAACGAUAAAGUUAAAUGGUGUAAGAAAAACCUUAAUUAGUGAAGGGAUUCAUUGCAAUUCAUAUCAAUAGUAAAGAAGUCUUUAGUUCCACUCGGAGGUGUACGGUUUCUCAGUUACUAUCUUGUAAAAUUUUCGACACAAACACAACAGCUCCAGUUUGAUUGAUAAAUCAUUCUAUAUUACACCGCUUUCACCGCACUACAUUGAAUCAAAAUAAUCCGGAAAAAGGUAAAGCUUCAAUUCGGAAGCCAUCGAUUAGUAUCGGUACGGAAAUUGAUAGGUGAAGGACUUUCAGACUUUAAGACUGUUAAGUUAGCUUGAAAGCAACGAUACCGCUGUUGAUAUAGGACAGAACGUUCCGAUUGCCGACACUGUGCCUGAAGUCGUUAACAAUUGGGUGUAAAAGAUGCAUCCCCAAGAGGAAGCCAUGGAUGUUGAUGAAGUCCCAGAAAAUAUGAACUCAAAUUUUAAUGCGAUCAGAAAACGGACCCGCAACGGUAGCAGAAUUCGUAAUCUAAAUGUUUCUCUUGCAAAACGGGAGCAUAAAAAUGUAAGUCGACACAUGCGAACUAACGAAGCAACCUGUACGGUGUGGUUAUUCCUAAAGCUACUACUGAUUGUUGCUUGUGUAGGUGUUUUAAUUGUGUACGUAAACAAUAGCGACAAGUUGGGUCAACAUUUAAAAAACAAUUACUAUAUGGCUUACGAGCAAUUGUCUCAACUAUCGAACGAUCUAUGUACGAAACGUCAAGCUAACUUUACACCCAUACUGGAAUUAAUCGAUGGUAAUAUUAUAGGCCAACAGCAUUUGCACGGUGAGCUGGAUGAAUGGUUUCGAACCGUUGGAAACUCUUCAUUUAGCUGCGCAUUAUUCGUAGGAGCAACGGGUGUGGGUAAAAGUUUUACUGCCAACAUCAUUGCGAAACAUUAUCCAUAUCCGAUGAACGUUUUACACGUGUCGGGUAAAGAGUUCAGCGAUGAGAAAAGGCGACAUGCAGCAUUUAAGAUGGCCGUUUUCAAAAUCCUUCAAGAAGCGCUGUCGCAAGGCAAAUGUACGUACUAUAUGCUUGUGUUGGAUUAUUUAAGCCACGACGAUAUGCCAUUCGUGAGGAAAAUAAGCGACCGGUUACGAGUGUUGAGUAAUUCCCAUCAUUUAAUGCUGCAAGCACUGUUCGUAUUUCGAGGGACUGCGCGUAAUUUAGACAAGGAUACCAUCCAACAAACAAUACCUGAGGCACGAUUCAUAAAAUUUGCCCGCCUUGGUAGAAACGAGUUAGAAUAUUGUAUUCGGCGCGAAGCGUUAAAGAUUGGCAUUGAUUUGAGGGAUAGAGAUUACAUCGUGGAGCUGGUGGCAAAUCAAAUUAACGAGACGAGACACGGCUGCAAACCGGUUCGUGCAAAAUUGAGUUUGUAUUCCGUUUAAUAACAAAGAAAAAAAAACAUUCCAGGGACAGUUAGUAUAAUGUAGACAAUAAA